AUGAUCCAGACUGGUCGAUGUUGCACCUUGCGGAUCACAUCUGAAAUUCACUUUCAUUACGCAUUCGGGUUUCAACACCCUAAUACUCGCAAGCAUGUUAGACUCCUUGGUCCGUGUUUCAAGACGGGUCGCUUAAAGUUAUUUCACCAACAUCCAUACAUCGUAUCCAAGUCUCAAGCUAUAACACAAUUAAUAAAAAUUGCUACAUUCUCAAAACCCUUCUCCGACACUCAUAGAUUGAUGUUGACUUGCUUAUCAUCAGAAUACACUCCUUGCGAAGCUGAUCCAACGAAUACAAAACUAACUUCAAACGUUUCCCUUUCAGCAAUUUCACGUACUGUUAACUCUAUUUUCAAAGUUCUUUUCAUCUUUCCCUCACGGUACUUGUUUGCUAUCGGUCUCUCACUUAUAUUUAGCCUUAGAUGGAAUUUACCACCCACUUUGAGCUGCAUUCCCAAACAACUCGACUCUUAG